ACAGAACAUAUAUAUUUUAGUGUGACAAAAAUGGCGAUGACGACAGCGACAUCCUUAAUUUUGUUGCAGCUUCUGUUUGCUGUCUUAGCAGCUGGUGGAAGAACAAAGAUUUCAAGGGAAUUGGAAUCCAAUAAUUUUGGAGAUGGAAUCUGUCAGCUUAUGGUGGAGACGCAGGGCUAUAGCUGUGAGGAACAUAAGGUGACAACAAAAGAUGGAUACAUCUUGAGCUUGCAGAGGAUUCCGACGGGGCGGUCGGGCGGCGCAGGGAAGAAGAAGGGGGGGCCGAAGCCCCCCGUCCUACUUCAACAUGGCCUAAUGAGUGAUGCAAUGACAUGGCUGGCUGUGUCUCCCGAUGAAUCUCUGGGAUUCAUCUUGGCAGACAACGGCUUCGACGUAUGGUUGGGCAACGUGCGAGGCACGAACUACAGCAGUAGCCACACCUCGCUCAACCCUAAUGAUCCGGAAUACUGGGAUUGGUCGUGGGACGAGCUCGUGGCCUACGACCUCCCGGCCAUGUUCGAGUAUGUCCACGGCCAAACGGGGCAGAAGUUGCACUACGUUGGCCAUUCCUUGGGUACUUUGAUGGCGUUUGGGGCGUUUUCGAGGCACGAGGUUUUGAGCAUGGUGAGAUCUGCUGCUCUGCUUAGCCCCAUAGCUUAUAUGGGGCAGAUGCCAUCUCCUCUUGCUAGAGCUGCUGCUGAUAUAUUCAUGGCUGAAGCGCUUUACUGGUUGGGGCUCAAAGAAUUCGCCCCAGGAGGAGGUGCUGUUUCCAAACUUGUUGCUGAAAUCUGCAGCCAAAUUGAUUGUUCCAAUCUGGAAAAUAUUAUUACAGGCCCUAAUUGUUGCAUGAACUCUUCAAGAGCAAAUCUUGCUCACCAACAACCAACUGCAACAAAGAACAUGAUCCAUCUAGCCCAGAUGAUAAGAAAAGGGUCGAUAGCUAUGUACGACUAUGGAAACGAAAGGGACAACAACAAGCACUAUGGACAGGCAACGCCUCCGGGGUACAAUAUCACUAGCAUCCCAAAUCAACUCCCUCUCUUCCUCAGCUAUGGCGGGAAGGAUCUUCUCUCGGAUGUCAAGGACGUGCAGACUCUCAUCGAAGCUCUAUCGGAUCAUGACCCGGAUAAGCUUGUGGUGUUGUAUAGAGAAGACUAUGCUCACUUGGAUUUUGUUUAUGCUACGAAUGCUAAGCAACUUGUGUACAACCCUCUCAUGGCCUUCUUUGGAUUGAACUAAAAUUUGUGUAUACAUUGUAAUAAUUUGCCUAGUUUUGUUAGAAUUCCAUAUUUUGAUUCACACAUGAAACUGUAAACAACAAUUAAUGUAAGAAAAGAAGAAUAUGUAUAUAUGUUAUCAUUGUAAGUGUAGCAACUUCAUCUCA